AUGAAAAUAGAAAAUAUAACCAUUCUUAAUUUGUUCGUUGUCCUCGGCCUAACCGCGGAUCCAGACGUCAGCCGGCAACUCUUCCUCCUGCUGCUCCUGGUGUACGUGGCAACGCUGCUGGGAAACCUCCUCAUCACGGUCACGGUGACCUGCGAGUCUCGGCUCCACACGCCCAUGUACUUCUUGCUCCGGAACUUGUCUGUCGCCGACAUCUGCUUCUCCUCCAUCACCGCGCCCAAGGUGCUGGUAGACCUUCUCUCCGAGAGGAAGACCAUCUCCUUCGACGGCUGCCUCGCCCAGAUGUUCUUCUUCCACCUCAUCGGAGGCGUGGACGUCUUUUCUCUCUCUGCCAUGGCCCUGGACCGCUACGUGGCCAUCUCCAGGCCCCUGCACUACGUGACCAUCAUGAAUAGAGGCGCUUGCGCUGGGCUCAUCGCGGCCUCCUGGCUGGGCGGCUUCCUCCACUCCAUCGUGCAGGUGGCCCUCCUGCUGCCGCUGCCCUUCUGCGGGCCCAACGUCCUGGACACUUUCUACUGCGACGUCCAACAGGUCCUCAAGCUCGCCUGCACGGACACUUUUGUUCUCGAGUUGCUGAUGAUUUCCAACAAUGGGCUGCUCACCACGCUGUGGUUUUUCCUGCUCCUGGUGUCCUAUUUGGUCAUAUUGUCCUUAAUAAGAGCUCAGGCGGGCGAGGGCAGGAGGAAAGCCAUCUCCACCUGUACCGCCCACGUCACGGUGAUCACCCUGCACUUCGUGCCCUGCAUCUACGUCUACGCCCGGCCCUUCACCGCCCUGCCCGCAGACAAGCCCAUCCACGUCACUUUCACGGUCAUCUCCCCGCUGCUCAACCCCCUGAUCUACACCCUGUGGAACCAGGAGAUGAAGUCGGCCAUGCAGAGACUCAGGAGAAGUCUUGGACCUUCUGAAGCAACAGGCCAGUAG